GUUCCCAAAUAAAAGACUCCUCCGCUGGCUCCUCUCAGCUCUCGCUCGCUCUACUCUUCUUCUGUCUAUCUCCUUCCUCUCCCCCCCCAAUUCCCCUUCCACCACCUCUUUCUUCAUCUCAGAAACCAGCUUUCAACAUGCUGCGUUCUUUGCCGAAGCUGUCUUCGCGUCUCGCGUCGAACGCGACCCGCAGAGCCCUGCUCGCGAGCACUGGCACCUCUCAGCUCAAGUCUGCGAUGGCUUCGCCGCGCUUCCCGCUCGUCUCGCGAAUGCUCGCCACUGCUGCCGAUCCCGUCCCUGGUGUCGACCCCAAUGACUCCUUCCUCGAUGGAAACUCCGCAAACUACAUCGACGAGAUGUACUACGCCUGGAAGCAGGACCCAAGCUCCGUCCACGUCUCAUGGCAGGUCUACUUCAAGAACAUGGAGGCCGACGGUGUCCAGCCUUCAAAGGCCUUCAUCCCGCCCCCGACCAUCGUUCCUCCUCCCAGCACUGGCGUCCCCUACGUCGUUGCCGGUGCUGGCCUCGGCGCCAGCCCUGAUGUUCUCAACCAUCUCAAGAUUCAGCUCCUCGUCCGUGCCUACCAGGUCCGAGGACACCUGAAGGCCAAGCUGGAUCCUCUUGGAAUCCGCAACGUGGAGAUCCCCAAGGAGCUGACCCUUGAGUACUACAACUUCAGCGAGGCUGAUCUCGACAAGGAGUACUCCCUCGGCCCCGGAAUCCUGCCAUGGUUCGCUACGUCGGGCAAGAACAAGAUGACUCUCCGUGAGAUCAUCGACGCGUGCGAGAAGACCUACUGCAGCUCGUACGGUGUUGAGUACAUUCACAUUCCUGACCGCGGAGAGUGCGACUGGAUCCGUCAGCGCAUCGAGGUUCCUACUCCCUACGCCUACACUGCCGACGAGAAGCGCCGCAUUCUCGACAGAUUGAUCUGGUCCACCUCGUUCGAGAGCUUCCUUGCCACCAAGUACCCCAACGACAAGCGUUUCGGUCUCGAGGGUGGUGAGACGAUGAUUCCUGGUAUGAAGGCUCUCAUCGACCGCUCCGUCGACCAGGGUGUUACCGAUAUCGUCAUUGGUAUGCCCCAUCGUGGUCGUCUUAACAUGCUUUCGAACGUCGUCCGAAAGCCUAACGAGUCCAUUUUCUCCGAGUUCUCGGGAACCGAGACUCCUGAUGACGAGGGAUCCGGUGAUGUCAAGUACCAUCUUGGUAUGAACUACCAGCGCCCUACUCCCUCGGGCAAGCGCGUCAACCUGUCGCUUGUUGCCAACCCUUCGCAUCUCGAGGCCGAGGACCCCGUCGUCCUGGGUAAGACCCGCGCGAUCCAGCACUACAACAAGGACGAGGGCACUUACACUACCGCCAUGGGUGUCCUUCUCCACGGUGAUGCCGCUUUCGCCGCCCAGGGUGUUGUCUACGAGACCAUUGGUCUGCACAACCUGCCCGCUUUCUCGACCGGAGGAACCGUCCACAUCAUCGUCAACAACCAGAUCGGUUUCACCACCGACCCUCGCUUCGCCCGUUCGACCAUGUACCCGUCCGACCUCGCGAAGGCGAUCGACGCCCCUAUCUUCCACGUCAACGGCGACGACGUCGAGGCCGUCAACUUCAUCUGCCAGCUUGCCGCUGACUGGCGCCAGACGUUCAAGAAGGAUGUCAUCAUCGACGUUGUCUGCUACCGUCGCUACGGUCACAACGAGACCGACCAGCCGUCGUUCACUCAGCCGCUGAUGUACAAGAAGAUUGCCGAGACCAAGGUUGUCAUCGAGAAGUACGUCGAGCAGUUGAUUGCCGAGAAGUCUUUCUCGAAGGAGGACAUUGACGAGCACAAGAAGUGGGUCUGGGGUCUUCUCGAGGAGUCGUUCGCCAAGGCCAAGGACUACGUUCCCGAGUCGCGCGAGUGGCUUGCCUCGCCCUGGGACGGAUUCAAGAACCCCAAGGAGCUGGCGACCGAGAUUCUGCCGCACGAGCCUACUGCUGUCGACGAUUCGCUGCUGAAGCACAUCGGUACCACGAUCUCGACUCCCCCCGAGGGCUUUGAGGUUCACCGCAACCUGAAGCGUAUUCUCGCUAACCGAAAGAAGAGCGUUGACUCUGGUGAGGGAAUUGACUGGUCGACCGGUGAGGCGCUUGCCUUUGGUUCGCUUGUUUCUGAGGGAUACCACGUCCGUGUUUCGGGACAGGAUGUCGAGCGAGGAACUUUCUCGCAGCGACACGCUGUCUUGCACGACCAGAACUCUGAGACCACCUACACUCCUCUCCAGCACGUUGCCGAGGACCAGGCCGCGUUUGUGAUUUCGAACUCUUCGCUUUCUGAGUACGGUGUCAUGGGCUACGAGUACGGAUACUCGCUUACUUCUCCUGACUCUCUCGUCAUGUGGGAGGCUCAGUUUGGUGAUUUCGCCAACACCGCGCAGGUCAUCAUUGACCAGUUCAUUGCCUCUGGCGAGGCCAAGUGGGCGCAGCGGUCAGGAAUUGUUUUGUCGCUUCCUCACGGAUAUGACGGACAGGGACCUGAGCAUUCGUCUGCUCGUAUCGAGAGAUACUUGCAGCUCGCGAACGAGGACCCGAUGACCUUCCCGGAUGAGUCUAAGCUCGAGAGACAGCACCAGGACUGCAACAUGCAGAUCGUGUACCCCACCACUCCUGCCAACUUGUUCCACAUCCUUCGUCGCCAGAUCCACAGACAGUUCCGAAAGCCUUUGAUUCUGUUCUUCUCCAAGGCUCUUCUGCGUCACCCGCUUGCUCGUUCGAAGCUCGAGGAGUUCACCGGCGAGUCCCACUUCCAGUGGAUCAUUGAGGAUCAGUCCGUGGUCCCCAAGUCUGAGACCAAGCGCGUGGUUCUGUGCUCUGGCCAGGUUUACGCCGGUCUGCACAAGACGCGCGAGGCCAACGAGAUCAAGGACACCACGAUCAUCAAGAUCGAGCAGAUGCACCCGUUCCCGUGGGCGCAGCUGCGCGAUGCGUUGAACGAGUACCCUGCGCUCGAGGACAUUGUGUACUGCCAGGAGGAGCACAUGAACGCCGGUGCGUGGACGUACGCGUUCCCCCGUCUGCAGACUCUACUGAAGGAGACAGACAACUACAAGGACCUUUCGAUCCGGUACGCUGGCCGCGCGAUGUCGGCGUCUGUUGCGGCUGGUAACAAGCACAUUCACCAGAGCGAGGAGGCUGCUCUGUUGAAGAGCGCGUUCGGUUUGUAGAGAGACAGGAUAAGAGUUAAGAAUAUUUUAAAGUGUUUGGUUCUUUUUUUACAGAAAAGAAGCCGAAGGUAAUAGAUGAACGAAUGGGUUUUUUUUGGGGCGGAUUGAAAAUAGGUAAUUGCUAUUGUUACUGAAUAUCACUAUCAUUGUUUUCCACAACAGACUGUAUUUCGGAUUGCUGCUGU